CGAUUUCAAUUUGAAAUCCAGAAGGUACAAAAAAGCAAAAAGAGAGAGAAAAUUCAUACCCCUAAAAAAAUAAAAAAAUAAAAAACCCAGUCGUUUCGAUUUUCAGACUCAAAAGACCCUCCCGCAAAAUUUCUUAACGGCUCUCAAUCGGAGUCUCUCUAAUCUCAGAGACCUUACAUCAUCAGCCUUGUGUUUUUUAGGGUUUCAUUUCAUCUAAUUCGAAAGAGAUUGCAGAGCCAGAGAGAGUUUUUCUGCAUCCAAAAAGAGCGAAAAGAAAAUUCAGACCCGACCCAAAAACCCUCUCGUUUCGAUUUCAGACUCCAAAAACCCUCUCGCAAUUUUCUUGACGGUAACGGCUCUCCAUCAGUGUUAGGGUUUCAUUUCAUCGAAGAGAUUGCAGAGCCACUGCGAAUUUUUCUGCAUCCAAAAUAUUUGCUUUGGCUCCCGAACGAAACCCAACCCUCUUGUAAACUCUAGGUUUGGGGGUUUUCUAAUCUCGGCCAUUUUUUGGGUACAAAUUUUCUGAUUCUUGCGAUUUUAAAUUCUAAUUUUUUGAUCCAGUCGAAGAUUUAGGGUUAAUUUAGGGGUUUCUGAGAACAAUUAAAAAAAAGAAGAAAAGAAUGGAUCUUCCUCGGGAAAUCGAUGAUUACAUCAAAGAAUCGAUCGACUACUCCUUAGGCCUCCCGGUGUCGCAAAACAUUCUCGAAUUGAAACUUCAAGCUUCAGAAGAAGCGCGAAGACGGCUUCGAGACCAGUACUUACACCUUCAAUCAAAAUUGAAGGAAAAAGACAUAGCGAUUGACCGUGCUAAGGCUGAAUCAAAUAUGAAUGCUCUGGCUUUGAAGAAGUUCAUUGAGGAAAACCAGAAAUUGGCAUCCGAGUGUGCCCAUCUCUUAAGUCAGUGCAACAAAUGGGAGACAGAGUGCUCGCUGUACGAUCACGACCGCGAAGCACUGAUGGAUUUUGGCAACGAGGCCGAUCAACGCGCCAAGGAGGCUGAGCUUCAUGUUCAAGUCUUGGAGGAGGAGGUGAGAGAGUUAUCAGAAGAAUUGAAGUUCUACAAGAAUGAAUAUGAGGCCCAUGUGGUUGAUGCAUCUGCCCCGGGAACAGCUGCGGAGGAGAGUCUCCUUGAGUCUGUUUUAGCAACAUUGAUUACUGAAGAUGAAGCUGUAUCUGGACGUGCAUUUUUGGAGGCCAAUAAUGGACAUGAGCCAUGCCAAAGAAUGCUAAAAAUGUGGAAUGACUUGAAGCCAUUGACUGUAAAAGUUCUAUCACUAGCUGCUGAAUUGAAGUCACAUGAGAAGGAUAAGGAACAUCUAAGGACUAACCUUUGCAGAGCUGAAGAGGAGGUCAAUUUGCUUUUUAAAGAAAAUAACAUGCUUGAUGAGGAGAACAGAAGAUUACUGAAGCUGUACAACAGGGAAAGAAACCAUCAAGGUUCUAAUGGAAAGCAUACCAGCACUGCUUCAGCCAAGUCAAAUAAGCGAAAAUCUAGCUCCAAGAUGAGUAGCCCAAUUGAGAAGAAGAUCGAUUUCAGUGAGCAAGAUUCAGCAAGAAAGCCCCUAUCACCACUGCUACUGAACUCUCCUGAGUCUAGGACGCUUACUAAAGUGCUAGAUAAUUCAUCCUGAAUAGUCUGGUGGUUUUAACUUCUUUUUUUUUUUUUCGCUUUUUAAGGAGAAAAAGAAAUCAUCAUUGAUAGCUUUUGUUCACAGGACUGUUAUAAUUGAGCUUAAGAUUGUAGAAUGAACAACAAAAUUGUUGUUUGUAAGAAAUGUUUCUAGGUUUUUCAAGGAACGAAACGGUACUUCUAAUC